AUGGUGGAACACGCGCAAGUGGACUGCUCUCAGGCGAGCGCCAUGCAGACUCUGCCUCCACAACCGCACCGCGAAGCCGACGAGGACCAACUCGCUGAUGAGUACGUCCAGAAUUUUGAACUUGAUCACCUCGAAGACCACAAUGUUGUAAAGCGUGAACCCUUACGAAGUGGUUGGCAAGAGAUGGCUGAACCUCCACCCGCUUGUGCUCGUGCAUGUCGUCCGUGGCCAGACGCAGGACCUUAUCCUCAACCACACGUUGCCAUAGCAGUUGAUCCCAGCACACCACCGGAGACUCCACCUGGCACCGUCGGACGUAGCCCUUGUAGGGCCGCUUUAGUAGAAGAUGUUUUAUGGUUACCUCACAUGCGAGAACCUCUCGAUAUGCGCACAGUACCUUGUGGCAGUUUUGAAGAAUGGGACCGAAGAGAGUGGCGAGAACAGGAUCACCAUAUGCAACAGGUCGCGCUGCGCCCAGCCAGUUCCUGUUCGGCGAUGUCUCCAAGAACAGGACCACAUGCUUAUCAAUCUUCGUCCUGUGGAGAUGAUCUAAUAAGCGACGAUUUGCUCAUGACGCUGAGUGUUCGUGAACUGAACAAACGUUUGCACGGAUUUCCGAGAGAAGAUGUAACGCGACUGAAACAGAAACGGCGAACGCUGAAAAACCGUGGCUACGCCCAAAAUUGUCGCAGUAAACGAUUGCAACAGAGGCAGGAGCUAGAGUUGACAAACCGAUCGCUACAGGACGAGCUGCAUGUACUGCAGUUACAAGUAGCGCGCGUGACACACGAGCGUGACAUGCUGAAGCAACGGCUGGCGCUGGUGGGGCGCGACCACGCAGUACCACAGCACGCACCUCCCACGCCACACUCUUCACCAGAAUUUUUCUCCGAGCUGUGA